UGCACGACUUGUCUCUGGAAGGAGUGGCAGCGGUGCGAAAGGAGAUCAAAGAGUUUCAGAAGACCCAGGAGCAGGAGCGGAUCGGGGACUUCAUCACCUGCGCGGCGGAGGGGAAGUGGGACCAGAUGGAGGCGAUGCUGCAGAGCAACAAGGUCAGCGCCAACUGCACGAAUUUGGACGGCCGCACCGCCUUGCACCUCGCAGUGUGCGCCGGGCACCUCACGGUGGUGGAGAAGCUGGUCAUCGACUUCGGGGCCCAAUUCCUGGUGCAGGACCGUUUCGGGCACACACCCCUUGACGAUGCCGUGCGGGAACGACACUCGGAGGUGGCCGAGUUCCUGAUCGAGGCCAAUGCCGAGUUCAAGACCGGCAUCUCCGCCGCGGUCCAACUCUGUGAGGCGGCGGCGCAAGGAGACACCGCCCAGCUGGAGCUUCUGGUGGAUGUGAUCGGGGUGGACCCCAACCUGGGCGACUACGACAACCGCACGGCCCUGCACCUGGCGGCGUCGAAUGGUCACUACGAGACCAUUCAGAAGAUGCUGGACUUCCCGAACCUCGACCUGAGCCCCUUCGAUCGUUUUGGGCUCACACCGCUGGAUGACGCCAUUCGCCAUGAGCAUCUGAUGGUGCAGAG